GGACCCCGACCCCCACCUCCCUCCCAUCCCGGACGAGCCGUGUAAUAUUGUUCAUCUUCGAGACCCCCUCCCCCCCCCGGCCCCCGGACCAGCCGCGUACGUGGUCGUCGAGCAGCCAUGAAGGAUCGUACAGCGGAACUGCGGAGCGCUAAGGACAGUGAUGAUGAUGAAGAGGUGGUGCAGGUGGAUCGAGACCACUUCAUGGACGAGUUCUUUGAGCAGGUGGAGGAGAUACGCGGCUGCAUCGAGAAGUUGUCCGAGGAUGUGGAGCAUGUGAAGAAGCAGCACAGCGCCAUCUUGGCAGCGCCCAACCCUGACGAAAAGACCAAACAGGAGUUGGAGGAUCUGACGGCCGACAUCAAGAAGACCGCCAAUAAAGUUCGUUCAAAAUUAAAAGCAAUCGAGCAGAGCAUCGAGCAGGAAGAAGGUCUCAACAGAUCCUCGGCGGACCUCAGGAUCCGUAAGACGCAGCACUCGACACUCUCCCGCAAGUUUGUGGAGGUGAUGACCGAGUACAACACCACGCAGUCCAAAUAUCGAGACCGCUGCAAGGACCGCAUCCAGAGGCAGCUGGAGAUCACCGGAAGAACCACGACCAACGAGGAGCUGGAAGACAUGUUGGAGAGUGGCAAGCUGGCCAUCUUCACCGAUGAUAUCAAGAUGGAUUCCCAGAUGACCAAACAGGCCCUGAACGAGAUUGAGACCCGGCACACCGAGAUCAUCAAGUUGGAGAACAGCAUCCGGGAGCUUCAUGACAUGUUUGUGGACAUGGCCAUGCUGGUGGAGAGUCAGGGCGAGAUGAUCGACAGAAUCGAAUACAACGUGGAGCACUCCGUCGACUACGUGGAGCGAGCCGUCUCCGACACCAAGAAGGCCGUCAAGUAUCAGAGCCAAGCUCGCAAGAAAAAGAUCAUGAUAAUCAUCUGCUGCGUAAUCCUGGGCGUGGUCCUGGCGUCCACCAUCGGCGGGACUUUGGGCUUCUGAGCUUCCGGGACGCCCGUCGCCGUGACGACGGCCAUCACCGCCGCCGCGACGACGGCCAUCGCCGCCAUGACGAC